AUGGAUCUUCUUCAAGUUCAAGUUCUUAUCAACUUCAGAGGCGAAGACACUCGCAAUACCUUCGUUGGUCACCUUUACAGGGCUCUAAAGGAUAGUGGAAUUCAUGUUUUUGUUGAUAGCAAAGAUCUGUGGAAAGGAGAAAAUAUUGGGCCGGAGCUUCUCGGAGCAAUUAAAGGAUUCAAGCUCUCGAUUGCCCACCUCAGUGAAAGAUACGCAGAAAGCAAAUGGUGCCUUCUGGAGCUCGUUCAACUGCUAGAAUGUCAUAGAACCAACAGUCAAAUCAUUUUCCCCACUUUCUUCAAAGUUAACUCAUCAGAUGUUAAGAAUCAGACUGAAAGUUUUGAGAUUUCACCUCAGAAACUGGCAACGAGAAGCCUGAAACUCUUGAGACAUGGAAGAAAGCUUUGA